CAGGCUGUGGUCUAUCUUGGUUUAGUUAUAGAAAUAAUUGCUCUCCCUCGAGCGGGUAUCAUCAGCGUCUAGGCUCGAGACUAGUUAGUUAUAGUAGUACCCCCACCGAAACAGAUGACUGUUGCAUAGGCCUACAUGACCUAAUGAGAUGUUGGACUCAGAAGACUGCACUUUGUCCCUGGAUAACCUCUUCUUUGAGAGGCCAGUUGUCCACAAAGUAAAGCCACUUUGUCAAGAGCAGAGUUCUUGGCAGUUGGAACCCCCUCUGUCCCUCUCCCAGAUCCCAGCCACUCAGGACAUCCAGAAAGAGGCAGAGGGUCUUUCAUCAUUCAGUUUCUCUCAGAAGUCCAACAAAUUCCUUCCCCCUUUGAAAAGAGCAGCUGACGGUGAUGGUUUCACUCCCAAGAAUAACAAAUUAAAUCAGAAUACCAGUGAUGGAAGAAAAGAACCUGAGGCACAGGGCGGGUGUGUCCUUUGGUCUCGGGAAGACUUCAUGAAUAAAUCCCAGGAUACCACAAAGGUUAGAGGUCGAACUAAAACCCCACAUGAGUCUGGUCAUGCACUGGAGCAGAAACAUUUCCCUCUGGAGUUCAGCCAAAGCCCACCUCUACGGAGAAGUUUGUUCAAACCUCCCAGUGGUCAGGUGUUGAACAGCAGUGCAAACUCAAUCAGAGGCCUCAACCAGGCACGACCCAGAGUGCAGCAAACCUUCGACCAGGUUUCUAUGGCGACAGAGCCUCGGCUGGCAAAGCAGUCGGCAGCAGGCUCCGGCCCCCUCACCGAUCUGGGACCGCCUACAGCCCGGGGACCACCACAGAAGACACAGGACAAGGGCACCAAGAGGGCUCAUGUUCUCCCCAUGACACCCCAACCCCUUCACAUACAAAGUAGUACCGCACAGACUGAACCCAACACCAUGUCUGUGUUUAUAUAUAUAUAAAUCAUAUACAUAUUGCUAUGAUGAGGUGUUGUAGCUGAAGAAUGUACUCAGAUGUAAUGGUCAUGGCUGCAGCCUGUCACUGUUCGUUAGAGCUUGAUGAGGUGAAACUAGGUACUUCUGGGCCUGGGAUACUCCGACCAAUCUCUGAAAUCCCUGCUAAAUUUAGAUCGGUCUUCAAAGAGUUCCCUUACUUCAACUACGUUCAAUCAAAAGCCCUAGAUGACGUUCUAUACACGGGUAAGAACUUUGUGGCUUGUGCUCCUACGGGCUCUGGUAAGACUGUGCUUUUCGAGUUGGCCAUCAUCCGCCUACUGAUGGAGACCACAGAGCCCUGGAGAAACGUCAAAGCUGUGUACAUGGCCCCCAUCAAAGCUCUAUGCAGCCAGCGCUUUGAGGACUGGAAGAACAAAUUUGGGCCUCUGGGCCUGAGCUGCAAGGAGCUGACUGGAGACACAGAGAUCGACGACUUCUUUGAGAUUCAAGACGCCAAUAUCAUCAUGACCACACCUGAAAAAUGGGACAGCAUGACGAGGAAGUGGAGGGAUAACUGCCUGCUGCAGUUGGUCCGGCUUUUCCUUAUUGAUGAGGUGCACGUGGUGAAGGACCCUAUGCGCGGAGCCACACUAGAGGUGGUGGUGAGCAGGAUGAAGGCGGUCCAUGCCUACCGUGCAGCAGAGAACCCUCAGGAGGAUGUAUCCAUGAGAUUUGUGGCCGUCUCCGCCACCAUCCCCAAUACCAAAGAUAUAGCAGACUGGCUGUGUGACGACAGAGACCCUGCUACUUGUCUGGAGAUGGAUGAGAGUCACAGACCGGUGAAAUUGAGGAAAGUAGUGCUGGGUUUCCCCUGCAACAGCAACCAGACUGAGUUCAAGUUCGACCUGUCACUCAACUACAAGAUGGCCAACAUCAUCCAGACCUACUCGGACCAGAAACCAACACUUGUUUUUUGUUCAACAAGGAAAGGAGUCCAGCAGUCGGCCACUGUUCUGGCCAAGGAUGCCAGGUUCAUCAUGAGUAUUGAGCACAAACAAAGGUUGGUGAAUUAUGCAAACUCUCUCCUGGACUCAAAACUCAGAGACUUGGUGUCGUUUGGAGUUGGUUUCCACCACGCCGGAGUUGACGUGUCAGACAGGAAGCGAAUCGAGGAGGCCUUCAACAUGGGAGACCUGCCUGUGCUGUUUACAACUAGUACUCUGGCGAUGGGGGUGAACCUGCCAGCCCAUCUGGUGGUAAUCAAGUCCACCACGCACUACAUCGGGGGCGCCUGUGAGGAGUACAGCGAGGCCGACAUGCUGCAGAUGAUUGGCCGAGCAGGCCGGCCACAGUUUGAUACAUCAGCGACCGCAGUGAUCAUGACCAAGACUCAAACCAAAGACAAGUACAUGCAGUUCAUGAAUGGAGCGGAAAUCAUCGAAAGCAGCCUGCAUACCCACCUGGUGGAGCACCUGAACGCUGAGAUUGUCCUCCACACCAUUUCAGACGUCAACAUGGCCCUGGACUGGAUCCGCUCCAGCUUCCUCUACAUCCGAGCUCUGAAGAACCCCAGACACUAUGGCUUUUCCACUGACUUGGACCGAUGUGGAAUCGAAGCCAAAUUGCAAGAGCUCUGUCUGAAGAACUUGAAUUCCCUGGCCUCCAUUGGUCUGAUCUCCAUGGAUGAGGAUGUUAACAUCAAAGCUACAGAGGCAGGCAGGCUGAUGGCAAGGUACUGUGUUGCGUUUGACACCAUGAAGCAGUUCAGCAAGGUGACAGGCACUGAGACCUUACCUGAGCUGAUAGAAUUGAUGGUGAAGGGCAGAGAGUUCACUGACGUGCAGCUGAGAGUGAACGAGAAGAGAACCCUGAACACGUUGAACAAGGACAAGAACAGGAUCACUAUCAGGUAUCCCAUGGAGGGAAAGAUCAAAAACAAAGAGAUGAAGGUGAACUGUUUGAUUCAAGCCCAGUUUGGCUCCAUUCCAAUCCAAGAGUUUGGACUUGCACAGGACACAGGGAGAAUCUUCAGAAAUGGAGUCCGAAUCAGCAGAUGCUUGGCAGAGUUCCUGAACCAGCGCUCCAAGACAGGCUUCUCUGCUCUACUCAACUCCCUGAUACUGGCCAAGUGCUUCAGGGCCAAGCUGUGGGAGGACUCUCCUUACGUCUCAAAGCAGCUGGAGAAAAUAGGGUUGUCUCUGUCGACGGCCAUGGUGAACGCUGGGCUCACCACCUUCAACAAGAUAGAGCAGACCAACGCCAGGGAACUGGAGCUGAUUGUCAACAGACAUCCUCCGUUUGGAAACCAAAUCAGAGACGCUGUCAUGAAUCUACCCAAGUAUGAAGUUAGUUUGGAGCAGCUUCCAAGAUACAACAUCGCCACCGCAGAGAUUGUCGUGACUGUGAAUGUGAAAAACCACGAACAGCUACUGUCAAAGAGAACCACUCAUGACCACCACUAUGUCACAAUGAUCAUCGGGGACUGUGACAACAACGUGGUCUUCCUGCAAAAACUCACAGACUUGAUGCUGUUGAAGUCGGGAAACUGGUCAAAGAAGAUCGAAGUGGCGAAAGCCUUCAAAGGAGAGGAGAUCAGCGUGAAUCUAAUCAGCUCAGAAUACGUGGGGUUGGACAUUCAGCAGAAGUUUAGUGCCUUCUACUCUGGACCAAAGAGGUACGGAGGUGAAUCAUUCACACCUGAGCAACAUGACACUAUGCACAUAGCACAGGCUGACGCUCAGAGAUCACAGGGUGCAACACAGAGAACACAGCCAACAGGUCAGCAAACACAGGCUACGGCACAGAAGAGAAACUCCACAUCCACAGAAAAGGUUCCAGGCAAAAGACAAUGUAACCACUUCUGCAAAAACAAGGAUCAGUGUGGCCACGACUGCUGUCAAAAUGGAGUGCCGGUGGUUCUGAAGAGACCUAUGAAUCAGCAUUCGAGUUUCUCCUCCUACCUCCAAGACCUGAAGACCAGGAGUGAUACACUGACGGAGACUCCAGUCAAACGCCUCAAAAUGAGAAUGAGUGGUAGGACUGGGGCUACGAACAUUCAGCACUUUUCUUAUACGCCUGCUGCUUGUAGGUUUGUAGGUAAUCAUUACGGCGCUUCAACAAUACAACAGAGUGUGGAAUCAGCUGAGGACUUUGCAACGCCCCAAGAGAUGGCAUAUCUUGAGAACUAUGACCAUGAGUAUAAUGACUACCUGGAAGACAUAUAUCAGACAAUGGGAGAAGAGGAACCACCCCUACAAACCCCUACAGAGUCACAAAGCACUUCAAUGUGGAGGAAACCCAGUGCAUACAACGGAGGGUCACUCAGCCACAGCACCCCCCAAAGCCAGGGCAUGGGUUACUCCCAAAGCCACAGCACUACUCAAAGCCAGAGCACGGGUUACCCACAGAGCCACAGCACCCACCAAACCCAUAGCAUGGGUUACCCCCAAAGUCAUUUCCCCCUUCAAAACCAGAGUAGGGAGGAAACCCAGAGUCACAAUACCCCCCAAAGCCAGACUAGCGGUUACAGCACUCCCCAAAGCCAGAGCAGGAGUUACUCUCCGAGUCCCAUCGUAGACUUGACCGAUGACAGUGGCUUCCUCUCGUCGUCACACACCCCCAGCGUGACCUUUGACCUGGGAGACGAAUGGGAUGAUUUUGACGAUGACAACUUAGUUCACGCCAGUGAGACAUCAUGCACCACUGUAGCUAACACUCAGGGGAUUGACCGUGACAAGCUGAAAGGUCACUCAACGCCACUACCAUCCACUUAUGUACAACCCAAACCCCGCUUCACUGUGUCCUGUGCCCCACUCAGGUCAACCUCCCCAGUUAUUCCUCAGAUAGCAGUUACUAGUCUCUCAGUCAGACCACAUAACCUCCAGGCUUCUGCUCCCUGGAGCCACUCUGACAACAAGGCCACAAGGACAUUCAGUGAACCCUCUGUGAAAGCACCCUCCUUCACAAAACAGACUGAUACAAGCAUGGCUCCGCUGGGAGGACAGUUUGAUUUCUUCUCAAAGACGACUACCCCAAACAAUGGCAAUGCGACUGGCAAAAGGCUCCAGGGAGAGGACAACAGCAAGGAAGUGGAUGCAUUCAUGGGUAUAUUUGAUGGACUAUUUUAGAAGUGUUUAUAGUUGUAUGGACAGGUUCCAUGACAAUGUUUCAUGUUACUGUGUAUGUUAUACUUUAUUUAUACUGUUUGCUGUUUGAGAUGAACUGUUAGAUUUACUGUUGAUCCUAUUUGAAAAUGUUUCUAUCAUUCAGGAGUAGGAACAUUCAAUCAUCAUUAGCAGGUGGUCAAAAAAGUAUUAUAUAUCUAUGUACUUAAUUGAAUAAACACAAUAUUUAUUCAGAGGAAGUCUGAGGGGAUUAUAUCUAAAUAUUAUAAUUUUUAUAUUGACAUCUAGGAAAGUAUCAAACCUUAAAAACGCGUGUGCGUGGACAAUCCUAUGAGUGGAGUGUUUCCACAUGAUAUGGGUAAAGUUUAAUGUGGUAGGGGGGCUGGCGAGUGGUAUUUCGUUUUUUGGGGGGGUAGAAGUUAGUAAGGAAUUAUUUGGUUUUGAAUGUUAUUUUCAUGGUUGUAUAGAAUUGGGCAGAUCAUGAUUGUUCGUACACAGUGGCGAUUUUAGCAUACAAGUCUUGGUGGGGAAAACUCAAAUGUUAUUUUUUGUUGUUAUUGUUGAUGCAUGCCAGCAAAGCCACUACACAACACUAAACAAUACAUUAAUUGCACUAUGACGGUGACACACGGUGCCCACAAACUGUUAAGGCCUACAUAAACCUG